AUGAAAAAAGCUAGCCGCACGCAACCUACGAUGGGCUCCCGUGACGAUGAGUACGACUACUUAUUCAAGGUUGUGUUGAUCGGCGACUCUGGAGUAGGAAAAUCGAAUUUACUCUCACGGUUCACUCGCAAUGAGUUCAAUCUGGAGUCGAAAUCUACGAUAGGAGUAGAAUUUGCCACUCGCAGCAUCCAAGUGGAAGGAAAAACAGUGAAAGCUCAGAUCUGGGAUACUGCUGGUCAAGAACGGUACAGAGCCAUCACAUCAGCAUACUAUCGUGGAGCUGUUGGAGCGUUACUGGUCUAUGAUAUCGCUAAACACGUCACGUAUGAGAAUGUUGAACGUUGGCUGAAAGAACUGCGCGAUCAUGCGGAUCAAAACAUCGUGAUUAUGUUGGUUGGUAAUAAGAGUGAUCUCCGCCACCUUAGAGCUGUGCCCACGGAUGAAGCGAAAAUCUACGCGGAAAAGAAUCAGCUGUCUUUCAUAGAAACAUCUGCCCUUGACAGCACUAACGUAGAAGCAGCAUUCACAAACAUCUUGACCGAGAUCUACAAGAGUGUAUCCAACAAACACGUUGGGUCAGAUCGUAUGGUGCCGUUGCCGUCGUCCGGAGUCGACAUCACCUCAUCAACCAACGAAAACCAGAAGAAACAGUGCUGUUCGUCGUGA